CAAUGGCACCAGCAUGAUAUCAUUGAUCAUUCCCCCCAAAGACCAGAUUUCACGAGUGGCAAAAAUGUUAGCAGAUGAAUUUGGUACCGCCUCAAACAUAAAGUCUCGAGUGAAUCGCCUUUCAGUUCUGGGAGCCAUUACAUCUGUACAGCAAAGACUCAAACUCUAUAACAAAGUACCUCCAAAUGGUCUGGUUGUUUACUGUGGAACAAUUGUGACGGAAGAAGGAAAAGAAAAGAAAGUCAACAUAGACUUUGAACCAUUCAAACCAAUCAAUACGUCAUUGUAUUUGUGUGACAACAAAUUCCAUACAGAGGCUCUUACGGCGCUGCUGUCUGAUGACAGCAAGUUUGGUUUUAUCGUAAUAGAUGGUAGUGGCGCACUCUUUGGAACUCUUCAAGGAAACACAAGAGAAGUCCUGCACAAAUUCACUGUGGAUCUCCCAAAGAAGCAUGGUAGAGGAGGUCAGUCUGCCUUGCGUUUUGCUCGUUUGAGGAUGGAAAAGCGGCACAACUAUGUUCGGAAGGUAGCAGAGACAGCUGUGCAAUUGUUCAUUUCUGGUGACAAGGUGAAUGUGGCUGGUCUCGUUUUAGCUGGAUCAGCUGACUUCAAAACGGAACUAAGUCAAUCUGACAUGUUUGAUCAGCGGUUGCAAUCCAAAGUGCUGAAACUAGUUGACAUCUCGUAUGGUGGAGAAAAUGGAUUCAAUCAAGCAAUUGAGUUAUCCACCGAAGUCCUUUCCAACGUGAAGUUCAUUCAAGAGAAGAAACUAAUAGGCCGAUACUUUGAUGAAAUCAGUCAGGAUUCAGGGAAGUAUUGCUUUGGUGUUGAAGAUACACUAAAAGCUUUGGAAAUGGGAGCAGUAGAGAUACUGAUAGUUUAUGAAAACCUGGAUAUAAUGAGAUAUGUUCUCCACUGCCAAGGCACUGAAGAGGAGAAGAUCUUGUAUUUGACACCAGAACAAGAGAAAGAUAAAUCCCACUUCACAGAUAAAGAGACUGGCCAGGAACAUGAACUGAUAGAAAGUAUGCCCCUUCUGGAAUGGUUUGCUAACAACUACAAAAAAUUUGGAGCAACAUUGGAAAUCGUUACAGACAAGUCACAGGAAGGAUCCCAAUUUGUGAAAGGAUUUGGAGGAAUUGGAGGUAUCUUGCGGUACCGAGUGGAUUUCCAGGGAAUGGAAUAUCAAGGAGGAGAUGAUGAAUUUUUUGACCUUGAUGACUACUAGGUAGUCGACCUGGGUCUGGCAAAACGUGCCUCACCCCUCCAGCAUCCAACCCAAGGAACAAACUCAUGGUGGAAAACACAAGAGAUCCCUGCCUUAGAAUUGGAACAUUUCCAGAACUUGAUCCACAAGCAUUGGAUUUAAAAAAAAGAAAAAAAAGAAAAAAAAAAAAAAUGAAACCUACACUUUGGUUUGUCAUAGUGUCAGUACAGCAGCAAGCUACUAAGUUCCUAUAUGCCACUUCGGACUAAUUUAAAAGAAAUCCCAGUUUUUACUUUUACUCAAUGGUGAAAUUGGUUGUAUUUUAUGAAAAUGAUUUUUUUUUAACCUUCAUGAUACAUUAACUGCUGUAAACCUUCUUCCUUGAAAAAAUUAAUAGAAGUAAGAUCCUACUGGUUUGUUUCUUUUUAUUUUGAUUGGGGAAAAUCAGUUGCUGCAUUUUUUGCGGUGACAUGACCCAUUUACAUGGCAUUCUCAGCUUAGACUGCAGAAGAAGAAACAUGAUGAUAGAUUGGCAUUGUUUGCUAAAUAUUGGCAGAAUAAGAGGAGGUUCUUCUCAAGUGCCAGCUUACAAGGUGUGGCUUGCAAAUUAAUAGCCGGGCUGGUAGAAACUUCCCAAACCAUGUUAUUUUAAUCAAUUUUGAAAAAACUCUGCUCCUGCAAAUUAGGAAACGCGCUUCAUUGAUCACAGCAAAAGUGUUGCCAGGCUUAAUUUUGAGAGAGAGAUGGUCUGGUGUUCAUUUUUUCCAGUCUCAGCAGAAAUAUACACAUGAUUUAAAUAUAGUCAGGUACACUUUUUUUGUUAAGCUCUGCUCUUCCUUCAUAAGAGUUUUACCUUUAUUUUAGGACUGCCUUGAUUAUGUAAAUUUGAUUGAAACCAUAAAUGUCUAAAUAGCAGCAAGUAUUGCACAGGAGCACCUAACAAGAUGAGAUGUUGAUUAAAUCCUUGGUAGAGGAGGACUUGGACCAUUUAAUACUUGUACACUGAACAUUAGCACAUCCCUGGGGGAGAACCAACUCCUCCACACCAAGGAUUGCAUCUCAUUUGAUCAUUAAGUGCUCAUUCAAACUGGGUGCUCAACUCUCAGAAGUGGGAACCCACUUCUGUUGUACCCAGGCUUGAGCAAGUUUUGUAAUGCCUGCCACAUUUCUAAACAGUAGAAAUGGCUACAUUUCUAGCCUUCCCUCCACAUACCUCCAGCCUUUUCUCUCUUUUUUUUUUUAAAUCAAAGGCUUAAGUUGACAUUGGCAUGACAUGUAACAGGUCUGACCUUUCUGUAGUCUCUUGGGUUAGUGGGUUUUCUGAUGGGUACUUUUGACACUUUAGUGUCUGUUCUCCACUGGCCUCAGACACUUAGCACAUUGGUGGAAAGCAGCUGCUUGUUCCCAAGUAGCAUUCUUGCCUAUUGUUCCAAUAAUCCUGUUUCACUUGAAAGGAAUGGGGGAGUUUGUCUUAACUUUUGUGCUCCUAGAGGUCCAAAAUGACCGUCAGGUGUGAGCAAUAUGAUUUGUACCCCUGGAUUAUUAUGCAGCAAACCGCUUGAUGUUUGCCAUUGUCUACAACAUGCUUUUCACAUUAAAGCUGGAAUCUCAUAUCAAAGUGUUUUUUAUAUGAUUGGUUCUGCUCUGGAUUUGCACAAAACCCAAGUGCAAGCAAAUAUACAGUCUUCAAAGCAGUAUGUUUUGGAUUUUGCCAUUGUAAAUGGGUCUAAUGUGACAUGACAAGACCAGAAAAAUUGGAUGUAAAUUUACAUUUUUGAAUAUACUGCUUGUUGUUUCACAUGAUACAUUAGGGUAUGCAGCUCCUUUUUGUAGUUUUUAUUUUUACUAUUUAAGUUUGGAAAUGAUGCCAAAUUUUUGUAUUUCUUUAAUCAAUGUGUUCUCUUCAGUGAUAUAUAUUGCAUUAUAUAUUGAUGUGUAUAUCAAUAUAUACUGAUAUGUAUUACACUUACACAUA